CUCUCUCUCUCUCUCACUCACUCAGUCACACUCGCGCACGCAGAGACAAUGGCCUCGCUCAAUCCGGGAAUCUUGCUCAAGCUGUUGCAAUCCAUGAACUCCAGCACCCGCGUCACCGGAGAACACCGCUCUGCCCUCCUGCAAGUUAUUGGCAUAGUCCCGGCACUGGCCGGCUCCGAUCUCUGGCCGAAUCAUGGGUUCUAUGUCCAGCUUUCCGAUUCCCUCAACUCCACCUACGUCUCCCUCUCCGAACGUGACAUCGAUCUCAUCCUCACCAAUAGGCUGCAGCUCGGUCAGUUUGUCUACGUCGACCGUUUCGAACUUGACUCCCCGGUACCCCGCGUUUCCGGCAUUCGCCCCAUCGCCGGCCGUCACUCUUUUGUCGGCUCCCCAGAUCCUCUCAUUGCCCGCAUCUCGGCCUCUUCCAGGGACUUCGUUAUUCAACCCGUCUCUGACUCUGAGUACUCUGUCGAUCCAAUAGCCGUUUACUUGUCCAACAACAAAGCUCCUGACAACAUUCUUCCUCGAAGCGAUAACAAGGAUACUAAAAUUGACAAGCCGAAGACUAGGCAGGCUCUUGCCCCUAGAGAUAACUUGAUGGUUGCCGAUUCGAAUUCGAAUGACGAUGUCAAAGUUUUGGGUAAGGACAAACUCCCGCAGAGGUUUUCGUCUCCGGCUACCUCCAAGAGGCCUGUUUCGACCGGUAGGAAGAUUGCAGCCGCUGUGGUGGAGAGGGAUCCGUCUCCCGCCACGAAGGGGAAGAGAUCAGCAUCCCCUGUUCCGUCAAAAUGUGUGGUACCAAGUCUGGUUGCUGCAAAAGAAGAGAACAGGAGGGUUUCGAAGGAGCCAGCUAUCAUCGUUCCGUCGAGGUAUAGACAGCCUUCACCCAACGCUAGGAAACAGGCCUCGCCUAUUGCGAGAAGGGCUUCGCUUUCUCCUGGGAGGAGAUUAUCUGGGGGUGUUAAAGUGUCUCCCGUUGUGGGUGAUUCUGCAACUAAGAAGAAGAUGGCCACCAUAGCCGCCGGCAUUUCCAAGGUCUCGGAGGCGCUCGUCGGAUCCGCAAAGAGUAACAGGAAGAGUUGGGAUGAGCCACCGGCUAUGCCGGCUCCUGAGGAGCAGAGGGAGAAGAUUGUUAGUAAGAACAAACCAGAUCUGCAAGCAAUUUUGCGGACUCAGGCUGCCAUUUCAAGGCGUCUAAGUGAUGCGGGCAGCCGUAAAAAUCACUCUGACGAUUCUUCAGCCGGAGACAAAACAAAACCCAGUUCACCAGAAAGUCAUUCUGUUCAAGAGACUCCCGCCUUUGAAGCUCUAGGAAUAACAGUUCAUGAAAAGAAAUGGACUGACGGCAGUGUGCCAUGGCAGACUAUCUCUCCUGACCUUGCAAGGCUUGGGAAGGAGGCUACGCAAAGGAGAGUUCUGGCUUCGAGGGCUGCAGCUGAAGCAUUAGAAGAGGCAAAUGCAACUGAAUCUAUCAUAAGGAGUUUAAGCAAAUUCUCAGAGCUUUCUUCCAUGUCCAAGGCUCAGAACCCAUUACCCACCAUCAACCAGUUUUUAUCAAUCUAUGAUGAUGUUGUGACAUAUACUACAGUCUCUGAGUCUAUUGCAACUAGCCAUUGUUCUCAUUCUCGUGAUAAUAUCCCCCUAGAGCAAUCAAACUCAGCUUCUCUUUGGGUUGAAGCUGCACUGGCCACAGAUCUUGGUAUAGUAUCUCUUCUGACAACCCAGAAAAAUGAGCCUCCAACAACAUUGCAGAAAAGCUUCUCAAAACGACAGUCCAUUAAUGCAAAUUCUAAAACCCAAAUCAAGGCAAAUUCAGUAUCAGUAUCAUCCGUAGAUCCCGUAUUAGGGACAUGGACAAAGGGUCAUGGCAUGAAGGAGACCGCUGAGCUUGGAAAAAUAUUGAAGUCUGAUAUGCAGAUGUGGUUUGUAAAGUUUGUGGAGGAAUCCUUAGAUGCAGGUUUCCGGGCACUAGGGGAACGUAGUACUAAUGGAGAUAAAACAGUGUUGCCUAUGGACUGUGGCUCUGUUGCAGCAGUUUUGUCACAGCUGAAAAGGGUCAAUGAGUGGUUGGACCGUGUAGGAGUUGCAAGCAGCAGAGAUGAACCAUUGACAGAAAAGAUUGAGUCAUUAAAGAAGAAGAUUUUUGGCUUUGUUAUUCACCAUGUGGGUACCACUUUUGAUAAUUCUGCAACACUUGCUUCAUCUUGAUUCCUGUAAGUCAGUCUUUUUUUUAUUUUUUUGGGUGGAAGAAAGUUACCAUCUUGGUGCUGUAAGUUACUCCUCUUUGCUGCUUUUCAGAAGAUGGGUGAAUCUAUUGGAAUUGAAGUAUUGAUAGUAAUAUAUGGUGGAAGAUAAUUAACUUCUUGGUGCUGAA